AUAUGUGGAUGCCAUAAUUUUUCCAGAUGUUGAAGAAUUAAACUAAAUUGGUUUCUGGGCCGGCCUAGUAAUCUCAUUUCCAAAUAUGGCCGGAGAUCAAUCCAACUCUACCGGAGCUGGAGCGCCGGCCAACUCGGUCCCACAAAAUGCUCAAAAUCAAGGGGCUGGUGGAGGUGGUAGUAGCAGAACAGCAAGGCUGAUGAUGGAGGGCGUAGGAAGUAGAGUUGUCAGGGGGCCAGACUGGAAAUGGGGUAAACAGGACGGAGGCGAAGGACAUGUUGGCACUGUUAGAAAUUUUGAGAGUGUAGAGGAGGUUGUUGUUGUCUGGGACAAUGGAACAGCAGCUAAUUAUAGAUGUUCCGGUGCCUUUGAUCUGCGUAUUCUGGACAGUGCUCCCACUGGAAGUAAACAUGACGGAACAAUGUGUGAUACAUGUCGACAGCAACCAAUAUUUGGUAUUAGAUGGAAGUGUGGAGAGUGUACUAACUACGAUCUGUGUUCCUUUUGUUACCAUGGAGACAAACAUCAUCUCCGGCAUCGGUUCUACCGAAUAGCAACGGUUGGUAGUGAGCGUGUAUUACUGGAGCCGAGGAGAAAAAGUAAGAAGAUUCCAGUUCGAGGGAUUUAUCCAGGAGCCAGGGUUAUCAGGGGUGUAGACUGGCAGUGGGAGGACCAGGAUGGAGGGAAUGGUAGACGAGGAAAAGUGACCGAGGUACAGGACUGGUCAGCUGCCAGCCCCCGGUCAGCCGCCUAUAUAAUCUGGGAUACUGGAGCUAAGAAUCUAUACAGGGUCGGCUUUGAAGGUAUGGCUGAUUUGAAAGCUGUGAGUGAUGCUAAGGGAGGAUCAGUUUACCGUGAUCAUCUCCCUCUGCUGGGGGAAUCAGGUCCUGGACGCAGCGCUCCAACAGGUUUAGUGGUAGGUGACCUGGUAAGUGUUGAUCUAGAACUAGAGAUAGUCCAACAUCUUCAACAUGGACAUGGUGGUUGGACAGAGGGGAUGUUUGAGUGUCUUGGGCAGUCCGGUAGCGUGGUCGGUAUAGAUGAAGAUCAUGAUAUUGUUGUAUCCUACUCAUCAGGGAAUAGGUGGACGUUUAACCCAGCAGUUUUAACUAAGGUUGGAUCUCCUGUUACCCAGGGUGCAGGAGGAGUACUAGGUGCUGCUGGUGUACUAGGAGCUGUAGGAGGAUCCCCUCCUAGUCCUGUCAACAGCUCUCAACAAGGAGGAGUUCUUCCUCAGCAGUUAUCUGUUGGGGACUUGGUUCAAAUCUGUUCAGAUAUGGAGAGAUUGAAAAUAUUACAGAGAGGACAUGGUGAGUGGGCUGAGGCUAUGAGUCCUACUCUUGGCAAGAUCGGCAGAAUACAACAGAUCUAUCAUGAUAACGAUCUCAAGGUUGAGGUUUGCGGUACAUCCUGGACAUACAAUCCUGGAGCAGUUAGCAGAGUUGUCGGAGAAUCCGGGAUACAGGGAGGAAGUUCUGGUGAGAGACUAUCAGCACUUCUCAAGAAACUGUUUGAAACCCAUGUAAGCGGAGAUGCCGUAGAGGAGUUGGUGAAGGCGGCGGCAAACGGAGAUUUGAAUAAGGUUGAGGAACUGCUGAGCAGACCAGAUUGUAAUGUUAACGGUGUGUUCGCAGGUCACACAGCUCUCCAGGCCGCUAGUCAGAACGGUCAUCUUGAAGUUCUUCGGCUUCUGCUUAGAUCUGGGGCUAAUCUCGAGCUAGAGGAUAAGGAUGGAGACCAAGCAGUCCACCAUGCCGCCUUUGGCGAUGAGCCUGGUGUCAUGGAGGUCAUCGCCGCGGCGGGUGCAGAUCUUAACGCUAGAAACAAACGACGGCAAACCGCUCUGCACAUUGCAGUUAAUAAAGGACACGUUGGUGUUGUAAAUAUUCUGCUCCGCCUGUCUUGCCAUCCCUCCCUCCAGGACAGCGAGGGGGACACGCCACUUCACGAUGCUAUCUCUAAAAAGCGCGACGAUAUGCUCGCUUUGUUGCUCGACCAUAAUGCAGACAUUAUGCUCACCAACAACAACGGAUUUAACGCGCUUCACCAUGCUGCACUCAGAGGGAAUCCGAGCGCAAUGCGGGUUUUACUUUCAAAGCUUCCAAGACCGUGGAUAGUUGACGAGAAAAAAGAUGAUGGAUAUACAGCCCUUCAUCUAGCCAGUCUUAAUAACCAUAUUGAGGUUGCCGAACUGCUGGUCCAUGUUGGACGGGCCAAUAUGGAUUUACAGAACGUGAAUCUUCAGACAGCUCUACAUCUUGCUGUAGAGCGACAGCAUACAAGUAUUGUCAGGCUGUUAGUCCGUGAAGGAUGUAAUCUGAAUAUAACAGAUAAGGAUGGGGAUACUCCUCUUCAUGAAUCUCUUAGACACCACACACUCUCACAACUGCGUCAGCUUCAGGACAUGCAAGAUGUUGGUAAGUUGUUGAUGGGAUUGGGGUCUGGAGGCUCAGAUAAGAAGUCCUCAGCUUCUAUAGCCUGUUUUUUGGCGGCCAACGGAGCUGAUCUAUCCAUUAAAAAUAAGAAGGGACAGACUCCUCUAGACCUUUGCCCUGAUCCAAACCUUUGCAAGGCCCUGCAGAAGUGUGGACGGGAUGUGUCCGGACAGGCCAUGCAGGGGAUAGUUAGAGGGGAUGGUAUGGUUCAUCAAGAGGAGGAUAAGCUGAUGGAUGAGUGUAUGGUUUGCAGUGAUCAAAAGAGAAAUAUUUUAUUUUCACCUUGCGGGCAUAUAACAGUUUGCACUGCUUGUUCUGUUAGGGUCAAGAAAUGCCUUCUCUGCAAGGAGUUUGUGGAUGAUAGAACUCCAAUUGGGGAUUGUACUGUAUGUACGGAUAGUCAAGCUCAGGUUCUGUUUAAACCAUGUAAUCAUAUGGUUGCUUGUACUGCCUGUGCUGGGGUCAUGAAGAGAUGUGUUGAAUGCAGGUCAAGAAAAAAGUCGUGUGUUAAAUUUUCUGAUAAGAUCGAUUUUGAAGAUUUAUUUUGUUUUUGGUGUCAUUAGUUCCAAUGAAACAAU